CGCGCGGUAGGUUUUUGCGACGGUAAAAUUAUUGUAUGUACGGGCAAUCCAACGGCCCCGGUUUUACCAAAGUGCAAUCGCUUCUCUCCAACCCUGCCGCCCGAAGGCUGCAGCCAUGCGGCGGCACUACGCCGAGCUCUUCCGCCGCGCCGCCUCGCUGCCGUCUCUCUCGCUGGUGGCCUCCCUCCACGGCGCCGCACUCCGCCGAGGCGCGGUCCUCGUCCCCUCGCUCAUCCAUGCCUACUCCGCGUGCGGCGACCCAGCCUCCGCCCGCAGCGUGUUCGACGGAUUGCCCGCACAGGAGCAGACGCUCUCCGCGCGCACCGCGCUGGCCAGCGCGAUGUCCGCGCACGGCAGGUGCCGGGAGGUGCUCGGCCUGUUCCGCGGACGGGAGGGGGAGAUGGACGACAAGGCGGUGACGGUGGUCCUUGCCGCGUGCGCUAGCGAUGAGGAUCCUCUGACGUAUGGCAGCCUGCCGUUCCGUCACUGACAUGUGGGCCCGUUGGGAGCCUGGUCCACAUGUCAGUGGCCCAACGGCACGUAACGCACGGCAGAGGAGCGUCUUCCGUGCGCUAGGGCCGGGAUGGUCAGUGAGGGGAGGGAAGUCUUCGCGAGGGUCAGGAGGCCAGCGUUGCAGCACUACACGUGCAUGGUGGAGAUGCUCGGACGUGCUGGGGAGGUCGAGGAGGCAGAGGGGCUGCUCGCGCGGAUGGAGGCACGGCCAGACAGGAUCAUCUGCACGGUGCUGCUCGCUGCGUGCCGGGCGCAUGGCCGUGUCGAUGUGGCUGAGAGAGUGGCUAGGUUGAUGAGCGAGUAUGGCAUUGUGUGAAUUUUGGCAUAUUGAUCUGUUGACAAACUGGCCAUUGUGUGAGGCUGUUAGCCAAGACCAGUGAUCAAAACCAUUGUGAUAUGGAGCUGAUAACACAUAGUUUGAUUGACGGCAAUGGUGGUUCAUGAAGUUCAUGCAGUAAUGCAGUAUACAACACAAGCACCUGGCCGGUGAGAUCUGAAUUUUGUAGAAGUCUAUGCUGCAGUGGACGGACCACAUGAGCGCCAGCACACUUCACUGCUUGAACCUGUAUGGAAGCACAGUUCGAAGGCACCUAUCAGAUUGCUAUAAAAUGGGUAACGCCGGUACUAUAGACCAUCUGUAGUGGAAUGCCCGUCAGUUUUCUCAGUUGCUGACUGUCUAAGCUCUCUGAGUAGCUUGAUGAUGGGCGUACAUUUCUCAUUUCUGGACUGUAAGUUGUCAAGCUUAAUGGAGCCUGGCAGCCCGUAAUGCAACACAAAGAGAAGUCGCCAAAGUUAAUAGCCGAACUUGUCAAUAUUGUUAAUAGCCGUAACUGUCAAUCUUGACUUCUUGAGUGAAUUGUUGAGGAGCAGUUUCGAUCAAACUGUCAAUCUUGACUUCUUGAGUGAAUUGUUGAGGAGCAGUUUCGAUCAAAUUUUGUUGAAGCUGGAUGUGGUGGGAACUAUCAAAAUACAGGAAGUCUGCUCCAAGAACCUGUUGUGAGAUCUUCUAGGAUUCAGUUUUCGGAUACUUCAUAGUUCUGGCAUUCUCUCACGGUGGAAACUGUACCUCCUGCUAUGUUUCAAUUUACUGAGCAUAGAUCAUCUGUUUUAAAUGGUUAGUCCCUUCACUAUUGUGUCCACUGUCACAGCAAUCAACGGAUCUUAUUCUGGACAUAUGUGCAAUGACGCUUGAGCAAAUCAGCUCUCUGAUAUAAAUACUCACGUUGACGCAAAACGUCCAUCUCGCAUGCGACACAUGGGUGCGAGGGAAUGCGGAGUUGGGUAUUGCUGGUAAGAGACAGAACAAGUGCAACCUGGUUGGGAAACUAGCAGGAGAGAUGAGGA